AUGAAUGACUGUGGUGCCAAACGAGUGGUAGCGUUAGUCGACAUGGAUUGUUUCUACUGUCAAGUAGAGGUUCAACACAACCCGUCGUUGACUGGAAAGCCGGUUGCAGUCGUUCAAUACAAUAGUUGGAGAGGAGGUGGGAUAAUCGCAGUGAAUUAUGAGGCGAGGGCAAAGGGAGUAAACCGACAUAUGAGAGGAGAUGACGCUGUAAAGGCAUGUCCAGAUUUAAAUUUGGUACGUGUGAAAGAGCUCCAUGGAAAAGCAGAUUUAUCAAAAUACCGUACAGCCAGUCAAAAAGUAUUUGAGGUUCUCAGUGAAUUUAGUUCUUGUGUGCAAAGGGCUAGCAUUGACGAGGCUUAUGUUGAUUUAACUAAUGUUGUAAUUCAUCACAUCUCAUCUAAUAAUAAUGUUAUAACUGAAAAUGAUCUACCGAAUACAUUUGUUGAAGGCUAUUCAGAUGAUAACUCAAAAGAUAAAAGUGUACAUUUAAAAUCUUGGCUCCACGAUGUAUACAAUAAUGAGUUACAAGAUGACUGUUUUCUUCGCUUGACAAUUGGUGCUAUGAUGGUUGAGCGAUUAAGAAAAUCAAUUUAUGAACAAACUGGUUUUCGUUGUUCAGCUGGGAUCGCAAAUAACAAGAUUUUAUCUAAACUUGCAUGUGGCUUACACAAACCUAAUCAACAAACACUAUUGCCACCUUCUAGUGUACCACAUUUGUUUGAAACUAUACCAAUAAAAAAAAUAAAAAAUUUAGGCGGUAAACUAGGAGAAAGAAUAAGGAAAGAAUUUAACUGUGAAUUCAUGUCUGAUUUAGCUGCAAUACCAUUAAAUGAUUUACAACAAAAAUUUAAUGAGAAAACAUGCAACUUUUUAUAUCAAAUUUCUAAAGGUAUAGACAAUGAACCUGUGGAAUCUAGACUUAUACCUAAAUCAAUUGGCAGUUGUAAGUCAUUUCCUACAGGGCUAAAAGUCAAAGAAGAAAUAAAACAAUGGUUAAACACAUUGAUGAAUGAUAUUGUAGAUAAACUUAAAGAUGAUUAUGAGGCAAAUAAAAGAAGAGCAACAUUAAUGACUGUCAGUGUUAGAUAUUUAGAUAAAAAAACAAAAUUGCCGACAUCACAGUGUUUUGAAGUUACUACAUACAAUCAUAAUAAACUAUUGGAUUCUUCCUUCUCAUCACUAUGCACCAUGACUGAUAAUCAAAAGUCUAUACAUUGGAAAAAUCCAAUUUCAUUUUUAGGUGUAGCUAUUGGAAGAUUUGUAGAAAUUAAUGCCAAAUCAUCAAUUGACAAUUAUUUCAAUAAGGGAUCUGCCAAAGAAGUAAAGGAUAUUAAUAUUCAAUUGACUAGACCAGAAAACAGUACAACUUACUCUAAUAGCAAUAGUGAAAGUGAUAAUCCUACACCAUUUGAACAACAAUUAAAUUCUAAAACUAGUGCACCACUGUCAAAUCAAUCUCCACUACCUUUAAAUCACUCUGACAAUAAAAAAAAUAAAACAUGUGUUAGUGAUAUACAGAAUUUAAAAACUAUGUUUGCUAAAAUAAAAAGUUCUGAUACUUCUUUCAAUAAUUCAUCUUCAACGUUACAAAAUGUUAAUUCUAAAAAAGAAAUUAAAAAGCAAUAUAAGCUUGACAUGAACAGUUUUUUUACCAAAAAACUAGAAAUCAUCUCCCCAGUUAAAAAUCAAGUAAAUGUGAAAUUGAAAACUGUUAAUCAAUCUUCCACAGAAAAUUCAGUUUUAUUGGAAAGCUCUGGUAAAAUUUCUCCUUCAAAAAAUGUAUUAAAUGAUAACCUUGAAAGAACAUCUCAACCAACAGACAGCUUUUUCUCAAGAAAACUGGAAAUUGUAUCACCUACUAAACACCAUAAACCUGAUAAUACAAAAAUAGAGUCAUUACCAACCGUUCAAUCAUCCAUUACUGAAGAUACUAUAGAAUGUGUGCCUAAAACAUUAUUAUGUGAAAGAUGUGAUAAAAUGAUUGAUAUUGAUAUAUAUGACGAGCACAUAGAUCAUCAUGUUGCAAUGGAAUUGAACAAUAGUUUAAAUAUUAACCCUGUACAGCCAUUAAAUAAUAAAAUACACGAAAGUAAACCAACAGUAAAGAAGAAAAAUGAACGGGGUCUAAAACGGAAACAUAAUUCAAAAGCUUCAAAUUCAAAUCCCAAAAAACCAUGUGCAAGUAUUUCAUCAUAUUUCAAACCACUUUUAAACCCAUAAUUGUU